CUAUAAGGUUGUGCUGCAAGCAGACCGAACGGCAGCUGUGGAUUUAUCAACAAAACCAAAUCAUCUGGAGCUCUUUUACAGUGUUCAGUGGAUGAAAACUGAAACUGAAAAUAAUAAUGUUCCAUACUUAUCUUUCUUCAACGAUGAUAAUUACAAUGAUAGUGAUCUGAUUAUCACUGUAAAACGCGAUUUGAGCCGUUAUAACGAUAGUGCAUACGGCGAUAAUUUUGGAAUUGAAGAUGGUUGGAAGACAGUUUCAAUGGAUGUUUUUCGGCUUCCAAAAUGCUCGAACCUAUUUGCUGCAAUAAUUGGUCCGCCGACUUGUGUUGCAGGUGUUGGCUCCCAAUUUCUCUUUCUUAUUACACUGGUGUUGAUUGUUGGUUCAACAAGCUUAAUAAGUACACGGAAUCAUGAAACUCUAAAUAGUGUUGCCGUGCUACUUUAUGCAGUUACAUCAGGGAUAGCGGGUUUUGUCUCAGCCUAUCUUUAUCGCCAAUUCGAUGGCGGUAAUUGGAUAACAAAUGUUAAUCUGACCACCUGCCUAUUCACGCUGCCGAUGAUUCUUAUCUGGAUUAUGAAUAAUUCGAUUUCCUGGGCAUAUGGUUCCACCCAGGCAUUGCCUUACACCACAGUUGUUGUGAUCGCCCUACUUUGGCUUUGCAUUGGUUAUCCUUUAACGGUUGUUGGCGCUUCGAUUGGUCGAAAUUUCGCCACCUCCUACAGUGCUCCGUGUCGUACACGUAACAUCCCACGGCAGCUCCCUCAGUUGCCAUUCCAUAAAAGCGAUUUCGCCAUAAUGUUUGCUGGUGGUUUUCUUCCAUUCAGGACCACACUGAGUACAAAAUUCAUAAUUUUUAGUGCAAUGUCAAUGGAGUUUUAUUACAUAUUUUCGACAAUAUGGGGUCGAGAAACUUAUACAAUUCACUAUCUUCUACUGGUCGUCCUGCUUAUUACCGUAAUUGUGGUUGCAACUACCUCAGUUGCACUUAUUUAUAUGAAACUGAGUGCUGAGGAUUAUCGUUGGUGGUGGACAUCAGUACUUGUUGGAGGGUGCGUUUUUUUUGUACUUUUCAAAAAAAAGCCAUAAAA